CCUGCUGCCCCGGAGGUCCCCGAAGCGCGGGACAGUGCGGAAAUGGCCGCUGGCGUGAUCCGGCCCCUGUGCGACUUCCGGCUGCCCCUGCUGCGCCACCACCCCUUCCCGCCCUCAGAUCUGGAGCCCCCAGAGACUUCGGAGGAGGAGGAGGAGGAGGAGGAAGAGGAGGAGGAGGAGGAGCUGGAGGGUAAGGGGCUGGGGGGCCGCAGCCCGAUCCUCCCGAGCUCAGGCCGGGCAGAGGCCCCCGCGGAGGCAGCCCCUCAGGGUCCCAGCAGCGCCGAGACACCGCUGCAGCUGCUGCGUUUCUCAGAGCUCAUCAGCGACGACAUCCGGCGGUACUUUGGCCGCAAGGACAAGGGGCAGGACCCAGAUGCCUGCGACAUCUACGCCGACAGCCGCCCAGCCAGCGUCACUGCCCAGGAGCUCUACUAUGCAGACCUGGUGCGCCUGGCCCGAGGCGGGGCCCUGGAGGACGAGGACACCCAGGAGCCCAGGGUCCCUCAGGGGCAGGUGCACAGGCCGGGCCUCAGCGGGGACGGGGCACAGCCCCUGGGACCCCUGGCCGAGCUCUUUGACUAUGGGCUGCGGCGGUACUGGGGGCCCAGGGUGGCGGCCAGCUGGAGCCUGAGGCUGGAGCGGAAGUACGGCCAUAUCACCCCCAUGGCCCAGAGGAAGCUGCCCCCGUCCUUCUGGAAGGAGCCGACCCCCAGCCCCCUGGGCCUGCUGCACCCUGGCACGCCGGACUUCAGCGACCUGCUGGCCAGCUGGUCAGCCGAGGGCUGUCCUGAGCUGCCUGGUGGGGGAACCCCAGCCCUGGAAGGGGCACAGCCAGCUGAGGCCUAGUGAGGGUCAGGGUCGGAUUCAGCUGGCCGCAGUGGGGCUGUCCCCCGAGGUGAAAGACUUUCCUCCUGUCCUCCUGGGAAGAGCCUCCUCCAUCCCUCUUGGCCACCACAGGACAAACCUAGACGCCACCAGGGCUGGGCUGCGGUGGGAGCAGCAAGGGUGGUGCCCAGACCUGGCCAUGCCCUGGCCUUCAGCCCCAGCAGAGCCCCUGGAGGGGCACAGGGACCCCCAGAGCCCUGCCCAAAGGAGACUUAGACUCGGGGGGCUCCACCCACCAGCGGCCCCCAGGGGAGGCUGAGGGGCCAGCCCCAGAGAUUCCAGGUCAGCGGCACGGGACAGUGGAGGACACUGCCCCCUGGGCCGGCCCUCCCACUGCCUGCUCGCCCUAGGGCUGGGUGGCCUGGGACCCGCAGCCCCUCCCCUGGGCCCCCACGCAGCAUGUGGUGGGGCCAGCAACCACAGGAUGAGCGAGGGCUUUCCUGGAGAGGCAGGAAAAGGACCACUGCCUGACUGAAAGAGCCAACAAGGGCUGUUUCCUCCCCAGAUGCUAGAAGGCGCUUCCCUGCAGGGGCGCCGGGCUGGAGGGGCUUCGAGGCAGAGCAGGGAGCCUGAGGCAGGCCAGGCAGCUUCCCCGAGUCCUCCUCACAACCCAGGCAGGGGCAGCUCGUGGCGGGUUCUGGCGGGGACUGGCCUGGGUGCUUCUGUGCAAGCCCCGGCCCAGCCGCUUCUAUCCCAGGGGGCUCUGGCAGCCCUAGGGGGCCCGGCAGGGAGGGAGAGGGGCUGGAGUGCCAUGAAAAGCAAAGGCCUGCGGCCGGGCCGGGCCUCUCACCACAGGAAGGGUCGUGGGGGUCGAGGGACUGGGCCCCCCCAGGCUUGGGCAGCCCGCUGCCCGGGGCCUCAGCACCCCUUUCGGCACCACAGGCCCUGGGAAGGCCCCCCGGCAGGCGUCAGGGAACCUCAGCUCUAAUGAGAACAAGGCCAGCACGUUUACUUCUGGAUAAAGAGCAAGGGUGGG